AUGUUAAGUUUAAAAUUAUAACUUUCAGAAUUAUAAAAAAUCAAAGAAAAAGAUAUUGGUUAAUUGAGAUAAAAAAUUGAAGAUCAAUCCAAAAAUUCAAUAGAAUUAAAUGGCUAAUUGGAAAAACUAGGGCAAAAACAACAAGAAUUAUAGUAAUUGUUAUAAGAAAAAAUAUAGCAAAUGGAAUAAUUAAGAAAUCAAAAAUAAUUGUUGGAUUAAUAGAACGAAAAUAAUUAAUUUGAAAUUAAUAAUUUGAAUAAGUAAGUUUAAUCUUUGAAGGAUCAGCUAUCCAAACCAAAAAAUACUAAAUAAAUUACAGAUACAAUUUUACAAUUAGAAAAAACAGAUAAAGAUAUUUAGAAAAAUUUAUCCUGUACAUUUUGUAAUAAGUUCAUAAAACAACCAGUUACAAUUAUUCCUUGCGGACAUUCCUAUUGUUUUGAAUGCAAAAAAGGAUAUAAUAAAGAAUGUUUUAAAUGCGGACCUAAACUAAAAAUUGAAGCAAUGUAUAGAAAUGAAUUACUUGAUGAUAUUAUCGCAAUGGUUAAAUUAAUUGAAUAAAGUAUCAAUUGCAUGAAACAAGUUACUCAAAAAUGA